GCCCUAGGUAUCGCCUAUCACAAUCUUGGAGAUUUCCGGAAAGCCAUAGAGUACCAUCAACGACACCUCAAAAUUUCGAAAGAAGUGGGAGACAGGGCAGGAGAAGGAAAAGCGUACGGUAAUCUUGGCAUCGCCUAUCAUAGUCUUGGAGAUUUCCAGAAAGCCAUAGAGUACCAUGAACGACACCUCAAAAUUUCGAAAGAAGUGGGAGACAGGGCAGGAGAAGGAAAAGCGUACGGUAAUCUUGGCAACGCCUAUCACAGUCUUGGAGAUUUCCAGAAAGCCAUAGAGUACCAUGAACGAGACCUCAAAAUUUCGAAAGAAGUGGGAGACAGGGCAGGAGAAGGAAAAGCGUACGGUAAUCUUGGCAACGCCUAUCACAGUCUUGGAGAUUUCCAGAAAGCCAUCGAGUACCAUCAACGACACCUCAAAAAUUCGAAAGAAGUGGGAGACAGGGCAGGAGAAGGAAAAGCGUACUGUAAUCUUGGCAACACCUAUGACAGUCUUGGAGAUUUCCAGAAAGCCAUAGAGUACCUUGAACGAGACCUCAAAAUUUCGAAAGAAGUGGAAGACAGGGCAGGAGAAGGAAUAGCGUACGGUAGUCUUGGCAAUGCCUAUCACAGUCUUGGAGAUUUCCAGAAAGCCAUAGAGUACCAUGAACGACACCUCAAAAUUUCGAAAGAAGUGGGAGACAGGGCAGGAGAAGGAAAAGCGUACGGUAAUCUUGGCGAUGUCUAUAACAGUCUUGGAGAUUUCCAGAAAGCCAUAAAGUACCUUGAACGAGACCUCAAAAUUUCGAAAGAAGUGGGAAACAGGGCAGGAGAAGGAAGAGCGUACGGUAGUCUUGGCAAUGCCUAUCGCAGUCUUGGAGAUUUCCAGAAAGCCAUCGAGUACCAUCAACGACACCUCAAAAUUUCGAAAGAAGUGGGAGACGGGGCAGGAGAAGGAAAAGCGUACGGUAAUCUUGGCAACACCUAUCACAGUCUUGGAGAUUUCCAGAAAGCCGUUCAGUGUUAUAAGAACAGUGUUAUAGCCUUCGACCACAUUAGGAGAAAUCUCAUAUCUAACGACGAAUGGAAGAUUACCCUUAAAAGUACGUAUGAUUAUAUUAAUUUGAGGCUGUGGGAGUUGCAGUUUAAGGAAGGUAAAGUCAUUGAGGCACUUUUAACUGCUGAUCAAGGACGAGCACGAGCUUUAAAUGAUCUUCUGGAGUUCAAUUAUGGCCUUAAAGGGUUACGCCCAGAAAUAGGAACACUUUCUGCAAGACCAAGUGACUUUGCCAGUUACUUACCACCAAAUACAGCUUUCAUGGGUAUCAGCGAGGGAGGAAUAGUUCUCUGGGUGAACGAGAAAGGAAAUGAAAUCAAAACUAGAAGAACUGAGAUUGAUAUGUCCGUCACAACGUAUUUUCAGUCUCUAUUGGAGGCUACACAUAAAGAAAUAGGUGUAAGAGCUGACGUUAAUUGUGAAGAUCGCUCAUUAAGUAACCCAAGCGAUAAGAAGUUAGCGGAAAAAAGAUCAAGUAAGCCAAAGUCUCAUCCUUCAUAUUUUAAGAAAAAGUCAUUGCAAACAUUUUACAACGUUGUCAUAAACCCUAUAAGAGACUUACUCCAGGGCGAUGAGGUUGUGAUUGUUCCACAAGGACCUCUAUGUUUGGCGCCUUAUGCUGCUUUCAUGGACUCAAAAGCAAACUACCUCUGCGAAACGUUUAGAAUUCGACUGCUUCCCUCACUUUCUAGUCUGCGAUUAAUCCAAAAUUGUCCAGCAGAUUUGCAUAGCAAGACUGGCGCUCUUCUUGUCGGCGAUCCGUGGGUACAGGAGGUGGUUUAUGAAGGAGAGCCGCUUGAUCAGUUAAUUUGGGCAAAGAGGGAAGUGCAGAUGAUUGGAGAAAUACUUCAAGCUGUACCUCUCGUUGGAAUGCAGGCAACAAAAGAUGAAGUUUUAAGACGUAUCUCCUCGGUUGCUUUGGUGCACAUUGCUGCUCACGGUAAAAUGGAAACAGGAGAAAUUGCCUUGGCCCCUAACACAACGCGUUCAUCCGUAAAUCCAGCUAGGGAGGACUAUCUCUUAACUAUGAAAGAUGUUUUAGAUGCGCAGAUUAGAGCAAGACUUGUUGUUCUUAGUUGUUGUCAUAGUGCUCGGGGAGAAGUCAAAUCUGAGGGUGUGGUCGGCAUCGCACGGGCUUUUUUGGGUGCUGGUGCUCGUGCUGUUCUGGUGUCCCUGUGGGCGAUCGACGACAAAGCUACUAUGGAGUUCAUGAAAGUUUUCUACCAAGAACUA